UACAAGCAAAGCAACAUGGGAUUCGCAGUUCGAUUUCUAUUUCGGUAAAAGGUACACAAAAUUUCCAAAAAUAAAAUAAUCAAAAUUAUCCUUUAUGAUGGAGGAGGAGACUUUAUCACUCAGCGACAAGGACACCAUCCCCGCGAAAAUCGGGGUGAUAGGGGAAGCCAGCCUGGACUCUCCGCUGUUUCUAAAGGAUCGCAUGGAAUAUGCUGUCUGCACACCUUUCGGAAAGCCAUCGGAUGUCCUUAUCGACGGCGAGAUCGACGGCGUUAAAGUAUGCCUUCUGUCUAGGAACGGCCGGCAGCACGAUAUUAUGCCCACGAACAUUAACUACAGGGCGAACGUGUGGGCCAUGCGGAAGAUGGGUUGCACCCACAUCCUGGCAACGAACACCUUCAGUUCCCUGCGCGACGACAUCCAGCCAGGGAGCUUGGUUAUUCCCCACGAGGUGAUAGAUCACACGACCAGACGGGCCCAGAGUUUCUAUGAUGGAGCAGUUGGGAGUCCGCUGGGCGUUUGUCACGUCCCCAUGAACCCCGUGUUCUGCGAUCGCACUCGCCAACACCUUCUGAGCGCCGCCAGCGAACUGGAAUUGCACGCCCAGUUCAAGGGUACGGUUCUGACCAUGGAGGGACCUCGCUACUCCACGGUGGCCGAGAACACCAUGUUCCGAAAAUGGGGGGCCGAUUUGCUGAGUAUGACCCUCUGCCCGGAGGUCACGCUGGCCAAGGAAGCCGGCAUUUUGUACGCCUCCUUGGGGCUGGUCACUAACAUGGAGUGCUGGUGUGCCCAUCAGCAGAUCGCGACCACCCACGAGAUAAUCUACACCUUCAGGAAGCACGCCGAAACUGUGCAGAGUGUAUUGUUGUCGGCGAUUAAGUAUAUUGGGGAUGAGGAUUGGGCCGAGGACAUCCUUAAAGCCAAGGUGCUGGUGUGCAGUAACUUUGCCAAUAGCAAAUAAUAUAUUUUCCUGUUUUGAAAUUUUCAGUAAAGUUCUAUUUUUUUCAAAUA